UAUAGUAAUAUAUAUAAUCUUAAAAGUCACAACUCACAAGAAAUAAACAUAUUAUAAUCAUUUGCUCAAAGUACAAAAAUAAGAUCAGGUCAAACUAUUUUCAGGUGAACAAAGCUAUGACAGACAGAAGCAAUUUGAUGAAGAAAAGGUGUGCUCUGGUGACAGGAGGGAACAAAGGUAUUGGGCUUGAGACAUGCAGAAAACUAGCAGCAACUGGAAUAACAGUUAUUUUAACUGCAAGAAAUGAGAUUAAUGGUACAGAAGCUGUGGAAAAACUCAAACUUUCUGGUCUUUCUGAUGUGGUUUUCCAUCAACUAGAUAUAUCAGAUCAAGCAAGUAUUUCAGCAGUUGCAAAAUUUGUCGAAACCAAUUUUGGAAAACUUGACAUUCUGGUGAACAAUGCAGCAGCUCCGGGAAUAGUUAUAGCCAAGCCUGAUGAACUAAGAUCGUUUAAAGAUGGAGCAGCCUUUGGGGAGGUGGCUGAUAAGUAUGCCGAUUUGUUGGAAGGAAUACUCGUGCAGGACUAUAAGUUAGCAGAAGAUUGUCUCCGUACAAACUACUAUGGAGUAAAAGCUCUUAUUGCUGAGCUGCUUCCGCUGCUGCAGCUCUCCAGUUCUGCCAGAAUAGUGAACGUCACAUCCAAUUAUGGCGAACUUCAUUUUAUUCCCAAUGAGGAGGUGAAAGAAGAGCUGGGAAAUGUGGAGCAUUUAACCGAAGAAAAAAUUGAUGGCAUCGUGAAGUGGUUUUUGAAGGAUUUCAAGGACAAUAAGUUGAAGGCUAAUGGCUGGCCUAUUACGGUGUCGGCUUAUAAAAUAUCAAAAGCAGCCAUUGCUGCUUACACAAGAUUUUUGGCAAAAACAUAUCCUCAUAUGAUAAUCAAUUGUGUGCAUCCGGGGUAUGUGCAGACGGAUAUCACAAGUAAAACAGGACCCUUAACACCUGAGGAAGGCGCCAGAGCUCCGACAAUGGUAGCAUUGUUGCCUGAUGAUGGUCCAUCUGGUCUCUACUUUUAUGAGAUGCAACCUUCAGCUUUUUAGCAUCCAAAUUAUGUUCUCUUUUACCUCAGAGAAUUGAAUGUCUCUCUGGCCGUGAUGCCAAAUAGAUUCUGCAAUGUUGUAAAAACAUUUAUUUGAUUUUUAUCAUUACUUUCAGGUUCA